AUGGACGCUAGCACUCCCUCCUUCAAGAUGGAUUAUAAUAAUUCAACGUCGAUUUCUGAGGAUGUCGGCAUAUCUUUCUCCCAACCUUUCACUAUAGACUACCAAAAUGUCUCUGUCAGGACUGAGCAAAUGCCCUUUAAUGUGUUCACCGCAGUCGUCUACACCAUUGUCUUCAUCUUGGGUCUUCUGGGUAACACACUGGCCAUCUAUGUGGUGGUUCGCUAUGCCAAGAUGAAGACAGUAACUAACAUGUACAUCCUCAACUUAGCCUUGGCAGAUGAACUCUACAUCCUGGGAAUUCCCUUCCUUGCCACUAAUAGUCUGCUUUCCUACUGGCCAUAUGGUGAUUUCUUCUGCAAGGUGUGCAUGACUGCUGAUGCCAUGAGCCAGUUCACCUCAACCUUCUGCCUGACAGUGAUGAGCAUCGAUCGCUAUCUGGCUGUAGUUCAUCCUAUUCGCAGUGCCAAAUGGCGAAAGCUGCAGGUGGCAAAGGUUUUCAAUGGCAUGGUGUGGGUUGUGUCCUUUCUCAUUGUGCUCCCGGUCACCAUCUACUCACAUGUACAGGAGGGAUUCAAUACCUGCAACAUAACCUGGCCCGAACCACAGAAUUUGUGGUCCAUUGUCUUCAUCCUGUAUACAUCUAUCCUGGGCUUCUUUUGUCCUCUUGUUGUCAUCAGCAUCUGCUACCUGGUCAUUGUAAUCAAGGUGAGGUCAGCGGGUGUGCGAGCAGGCCUGACUAAGCGGCGUAAGUCUGAGCGUAAAGUGACACGAAUGGUGGUGGUCAUUGUGUUGGUGUUUGUGCUUUGUUGGCUGCCCUUCUUCACGACCAACAUUGUCAACCUGGUUCAUAUCAUCCCUGAGAACAAUGCCACCGCUGCAGUCUACUUCUUGACGGUCAUCCUCACCUACGUCAACUCCUGUGCCAACCCAGUCCUCUACGGCUUCCUCUCUGACAAAUUCAAGCAAAGCUUCCAGAAGGUGCUCUGCUUCCACAAACCAAAUGGUGUCGGCACAACACAAAAGAGGGGAGGUGGACAGACGGCAUCCCGGGGCAGACCAAUUGAAAACCAUGAUCCUGUUUUGUCGCACAGAAAUCAGAAUCAGAAUGAAAAGAUGCAGCAGGUCCAGGUAUUGUUAAAAAAUUAUUCAUCUGAUUGA